CACGUCAUUUCGCCACUAACGCAUCCAAAUCAAUGAGCACUGCGUUGUACGCCUUCUACAGUGAAGUCUUCCAGGAAGAAAUUAACCAUCGCCACGCCAAAAUGUAGCGCACACCAGCGCCAGGGAAAACAAAGAAGUUGAAUGCGCUUUUACAGAAACUAUACGCAAAAAUGGAUUAACUAACAGACACAAACAUUCAUUGCCGUGCGAAUGUAACCAAAUCCAGGACAAGGAGACGGACGUGGGUGGUUUUUCAGGGUUACUUCAAGGAAAAAAGGGGAAAGGAAAGUGGAAACAGGAGAACUUCCUGAAUUUAAACAAGACAUGUCCGAUUCCCCGUCGCAGAUCACGAUCAAGCAGGAGAGGAGCCCGUUCAACCCUUCCGCGAGCCCACUGCCAAACUCUACUUCCUCUCCCUUCCAUGCGCCCGCCGCCCCCACCCCCACCCCCACCAACGCCCCACCAGCCAGCAGGAUGGAGGACGAGCCAGGCAGGCUGCCGACACACCUGCGUCUGCAGCCGGUGUUCUGGAGCCGUGAUGACGUGGCCCAGUGGUUGCGCUGGGCGGAGCAGGAGUUUGCGCUCAGGCCCAUCCCCAGCAGGAGCUUCCAGAUGAACGGCAAGGCCCUGCUGCUGCUGACCAAGGAGGACUUCCGCUACCGCUCCCCCCACUCAGGCGAUGUUCUCUAUGAGCUUCUGCAGCACAUUCUGAAACAGAGAAAGCCUUACAUGUCCUACCCCUCCAUCUACUUUCCUGGCAACUCCUUCCAUUCUGUCUCAGAGGCCGAGCUACAGCAUCCAAAACUGGAAGAAACGGUACGACGAGCUCCUCGAGGACCAGACGGACCCCCCCAGCACCCCCCCACCAUCGAGCUGCGCCACCGGCACCGCUCGCGGUCGCCCCACCUGCACCCAGUCCCACGGCGUUCCCCACCCUCGCUCCUCCAUCCUCAGAUGGGCUUGGCCGAGGACUCACAGCAGGCGUCUUCGCAGCUGCCCGACAGCAACCAUCACGCGCCCGAGGACCUGUACCCGCUCUCCGUGUCUCCGGCGGCACCUGCCAACGGGCACUGCGGGCCUGGACGCGACUCCGGAGCCGUCUCGCGGGGGGUCAGCAGCAACAGCCCUCACGGCGGCGGGCAUGAGGAGCCGUCACCCUCGCCACGGGUCAUUCAGCUAAUGCCCAGCGCCAUCAUGCACCCCCUGUUGCUGAGCCCCGGCCGGGCAGGCGCCGGUGGCGACUACCGCCAUGGCCGAGCGGCCAUCCACGCCCCGGCCCAUGAGAAUGAGAGAGAAGGGCACGGUGGCAAAGGCGCCUGGCACCAGCACCACGCCCUCAGCGCAUCCCAUCACCCCCACCCCCACGCACACCAGCUGGCCCAGAGCGGGCAUCCGCACCACCCGCACGGGCACCACCCGCACCACCAGGAGGAGGGCCGCUUCCGUAACCACGUCAUCGUGCCUGUCUCGCCGCCCGAGGACCAAGGGAUGCCCAUUGGACGGAUAGCAGACUGCAGGCUCCUCUGGGACUACGUGUACCAGCUCCUGUCUGAUAGCCGGUACGAGAACUACAUUCGCUGGGAGGACACAGAGUCCAAAGUCUUCCGCAUCAUGGACCCCAAUGGCCUGGCCCGGCUCUGGGGAAACCAUAAGAAUAGGACCAAUAUGACAUACGAGAAGAUGUCAAGAGCAAUGAGACACUACUACAAACUGAACAUCAUCAGGAAAGAGCCAGGACAAAGACUGCUGUUCAGGUUCAUGAAGACCCCGGAUGAGAUCAUGAACGGAACGUCAGAGCGUCUGGAGCACUUGGAGUCGGACACUGACGAGCAGAACUAUGUGAAGGGAGAGAGCCCUAACAACUCCGCCUGCACGCGAGAGGAGGACUUUAAGCAAAUUUAUGUGAAGGAGGAGUGUUGAGAGCAGCGACGAGGAGACCUAUGGACUGUUAUACCACAGAUGCCUCACACGUGUGAACAAUCAGUCGCUCGGCCUGCACUGGUGCGAAGCACACCAACCUGCGCUCCCUUCUACUGGAGAGACAGAGAAAGAAAGGGAAAGAAAAGGACAAAAAAAAAAAACGGACACCUGUGUUUUAGAUCAAACCGCAAAUCUUAAACAGAUACCUGAGAAGUGACAUGGCUAAAGAGCUGCAAUGCGUUUUUUAAGGAAAAUCUUGCUUCUGAAAUGCUAUAAGUGGAGAGAGAGGAACAACCUUUAUUCCUUCUGCCUUGCUUGUACAGAUGGCCUUUAGUCCAAUCAAUGGAUUCACACCUUUUUGCUGAUUUGUUUUCCCCCUCAGUUUUUAUUUUUAUCUUGUGUAUAUUGAAUGAGGAUAUGACGAUUUUUGUUUUUAAAAAAGAGGGGUGGGAUGUUUUCAAACUCUUGCUGUUGUGACAAAUGUUUUCUGAAUCCACAAAUUAAUUUCUGAAAAUAAAUAUUGUCACUCCUGA